UCAUUGUGGAUUCAACUGAGAUAAUAAUUUUAGGGUUUUAGAGGCAAGAGAACACAAAGAGGAGGAGGUCAAAAGAUAGAGUAGAGGUUAACUUUUUAGGGUUAGAAUUUUUAGAAGGUUUCUUUUUGGAUUAAGAAAACAAAAAUGAUGGCUGAUAAAGGGAAGAUGAAAGUUGCUGAGAAAGGAGAAGAAGAGAGAUCUGAACAAAUCGAUGGAGAACUCGUCCUUUCCAUUGAGAAGCUUCAAGAGAUUCAAGACGAGCUUGAAAAGAUCAAUGAGGAGGCGAGUGAGAAAGUCUUGGAAGUGGAGCAGAAGUACAAUGUGGUUCGCAAGCCGGUCUAUGAUAAGCGGAGUGAACUAAUCAAGUCCAUUCCUGAUUUCUGGUUAACAGCUUUCUUGAGUCAUCCUGUUCUUGGUGAACUUUUGACUGAAGAGGACCAGAAGAUAUUUAAGCAUAUUAACUCACUUGAAGUGGAGGAUUUCAAAGAUCUGAAAUCUGGAUACCAUAUUACAUUUAACUUCAACCCCAAUCCAUAUUUUGAAGAUACAAAGCUUACGAAGACCUUUACAUUCCUUGAUGAGGGAACCAAAAUUACUGCCACCCAGAUCAAGUGGAAAGAGGGAAUGGGCUUGCCCAAUGGAGUUAAUCAUGAGAAGAAAGGAAACAAGUGACAGUUUUCUGAAGAAAGCUUCUUUACCUGGUUUGCUGAUGCUCAGCAGAAAGAUGACAUGGAUGAAAUUCAUGAUGAGGUAGCAGAGAUUAUCAAGGAGGAUUUGUGGCCCAAUCCUCUCACUUAUUUCAACAAUGAGGCUGAUGAAGAGGAUUUUGAUGGUGAUGAAGAGGGAAAAGAUGAAGAUGACGACGACGAAGAUGUGGAUGAUGAUGAUGAGGACGACGAUUAACAAAAAUGAGUGCUGGCCUUUAAUUCUCUUUAGUUGAUGGCCUUGCUUUAGUAAGGACUUGUGAAAAGCUAGCUCAUAGUGGUUGCUAAGUAAGGCUUUGGGGAGGAUGACCAUCUUUAAAGAUAGCUUCCUUUUUGCUCCUCUCUCUUUUACCUUUAAUAUCUAUUUUUUAUGCCUAUGUUUUUGUUUUUUUCCUGAAUCGGAACAUGGAAUGAUAGCAUAUAUAUCGCACAUUUUUAUUAUUUUAUAUUAUAUUUGCUUUA